AUGUUGUCAUGUGUUUUUCGAAGACUUUUCAGUCAGCUCGGUUUGGGAACUCCUAGUUUGACCCUAUCUUUCCUAAGUCUUAUUCCUAAGGCUUCUGUUUCCAGCUUGCCGGCCUUUGUAUAUAAAUCCCAUGCUUGUGGUGAGCUGAGUACUCAGCAUAUCAACUCAACCGUUACAGUAUGCGGAUGGCUUGAGCAUUGUCGACUGUCAUCUCGUUUUCUCGUUCUUCGUGAUGAUCGUGGUUUAAUACAAAUAUAUUGUGACAAAAAUUCUCUCCAAAUUCCGCAAUUUAAUUCUGAGUCUGUCCUGAGAGUGACAGGUAAAGUCCAAGCACGUCCGGAAAAAGAUGUAAACAAGCGUAUGCCAACUGGCGAAAUUGAAAUAGUUGCUGAAAGCAUUGAAAUCCUCAGUCAUUCAUCUCCACUUUCCUUUCUUCCGAAAGAUGCGGCAAAUGUCAACGAAAUGGAAAGAUUAAAAUAUCGUUACAUUGAUCUUCGUUCGUCGAAUAUGCAAAGAAACAUGCGGUUUCGUUCGUCUAUAAUACUGCAAAUGCGGAGCUUUCUAUGUCAAAAUAAUGGUUUUACUGAAAUCGAAACUCCAUAUUUGUUCAAAAUUACUCCAGGGGAAAGUGUUUGUAUUAAUUUUUGA